CGUCAGCCUCGUUACCAACUCUGGCUUAUGCCUGGUAGCUCUUCACACUGCGGAGUCAGGAUUAGACCACGAUGACGUCACGUAGCAUUGAUCUCUAAUUAUGAUAAGCACUGUCAGGGUCAUCGAUGAGACAUCGAAAGUCGCCACUACUGGCUCGUUUAGUAGGAAUGUUGAGUCACAGUAUUAUCAGGCUCACCUAACCCGGUCUCAGCUCUGGGUUAUCGUUCAUGCUCUACGUGAAUACCACUCAAGCUUUUAAUGUCGCUUGGCUCACAUGUAAGCUCUGCGAAGCUUCUAGAAAGCAUACAGAGGGAUACAGAAAGCUAGAGGUAUACAGCUUGGACUCAAGAAAAAAUAUGAUUAGAGGAAGGAAGAAUUAAAAAAAAGCUUGCAGAAAAAAAAGGAAUCUGUCGUGAUGGUUAUGCCACUGUGAAACUUUUCAGCAACGCAUUUAUUAAACUUGUGCGAAUUCUGGUAAAUGAGAUACGUGGAAGCUUUCAAAGUGUUUACAUUGACUGUCAAAAUCCUAACCGUCAAUUGAAAAAAAAAAAGAAAAAAGAAAAAAAAACCUCAAUGUUUCUACGAUGAGAUUUGAACGAGAAACGUUCCGAUUCUCACUGAACUGACAAACAGCCAAAGGAGAUGGUGCUAGGCUGUUUGUAACGCGCCGACAAAGCGUCACGUGACUCACCCUACAGUUAGCAGCAGUGUCUUCCGCGCGCUUGGCACUCAGCUACUACGUCAUGUACACGUACAUAACAACAGCGCGUGGGGUCACUCGCAGAGAAAGUGGCCUUGAACCCAAAGUAAGCGCCAUUGUAGUUAGGUGUCAUUCCACAAGCUCAGCCAUCUGCAGCAUCCUUUUUUUUUUUUCGUUUUAUUUUUUUGAUAAGGAAGUCCACUCGCGCAUGCGCAAUAGGCUAUCAAGAACGGCGUCGAUCGAUAUUUCCGGUGGGCAUCAUGGCUCGAAUGUGAUGCCAGACCGGCAUGCGCGUGCUGCUGCAGCUGCUGUUUCUCGCUCCUGCGAUGCUGACAGGGAGGCAAGGGACUGCGGGAGGGUGCGGCGAACUGAAGUGAAGCAGAAUCUGUGUAGCUGAGCAUCCUGGCUCUCCGAACACCCGGCGCCGCCACCCGCAUCUGUCUUCUACUCAUCGGACAGAGUCGAUGGCUCUGCUUAUUACUGACCUGCGGCGAAUGAAGCCCAGUGAGACCAACCCCGGGCCCUGGAGAAGAAAAUGCUGCAGUAACUCCAUCCAGACCAAGCUGCUGCUUCUUCUCAUCAUCGGCUUCCUCAGCGCCUCUCUCUACGUCCUCUACGUUGGGCAUUCGGCGUCUUGUCAGCAGACCAAGAAAACUGACCACGUGAUUAAUACACAAGCAUACACGACAGGAAGUGACCUUACUCUCUCACACGUCGUUACCGCCGCCAGGUCCCUGCUGCAGCAGCAACCCCUGCUGGUGACCUUCAUCAACGACGGUUACCUGCCCUUGACCUACAACUGGCUGUGCCACACCAAACGUUUCCCGGGGCUACACGCCAGCAUCCUCUUCCUCACGGAAAACGAGUCCACGCGCAGUCAUGUGCAACAGUCCUGGCCAACCAUCCGCAGCGAGGUUGUGACCCACGCUAACCUCAGCCUGGGCGGCAACCUGGUGUUCAGCACGGCGGGUUAUCUCCGCCUGAUGGCAUUGCGGACUAAAACUUUGAACGAGUUGCUGCAGAGCGGCUUGAACGUCUUUCUUUUCGAGACGGACUUCAUCUGGUUUGACAAUCCGCUGCCGGACUUUCUCAGCCUGGCGGACAAGCACGACCUGGACCUGGUCGGAACAAAGCCCUGGGCCAAUGACGUCAUAUGUGGGGCUUUCAUCUACUUCCGCAACACUCCACGCACGCGCGAGGUCUGGGCGGAAGUGACACGGCAGAUGACCGUGUUGGAGUCCCGCAUCGAGUCACUGGAUAGAAACAGAGGGUUACCGGAAAAAGAACAUGAGCAAGCAUAUCUGAGUAAUUUACUCAAACACCAUUAUCACGGAGUGCGGUACGGACUGGUCGACUACAACACGACGGUGGCGGAUGGCAAGUGGUACGAGAUGGACGACCACAAGAGGGAAGCCAUCAGACCCAAGGCCGUGCACAACAACUGGAUCCGCACCAACAUGAUGAAGGUCCAACGCUUCCAGGAGUUCGGACAGUGGGUCUUGAAGUCCGACAACUCGUGUGACGAGGGCAAGGUGGACGAGAUGCUGUCCUCCUGGUUCCAAAGGUUGUGAAGGUUAAGUGUUGUAAAAUCAGAAAGGCUGUGCGGUGCGAGAUUCGUUAUUAAUGCUGACAAAUUCACUUAUUUGUUUACCUCAUCUCUUGACUACUUUACUCCAAGUUAGCUCUGGGCGCGAUGAGGCAAGAAAACACAUUAUCUACCUUUAUAAAGUUAGAACAACAUUUUGUGUUUUGGGGAGUAGUACGAUGGACUUCUGUUUGCCAAAACUUGGCAACAGCGACUACAGACAAACUCUUGGCUUUGAGUGAUGCACAUGUGAAGAAGUUUGAAUUGUUUAUUUUUGUUUGUUGGUUUGCUUAUCAUAAUAUGUGCUCCAGCUGUCUAAGAAAAAUCCAAAAGUGGGCCCCACCUCUCACCAAAAAAAAAAAAAAUAAAAAAUGGACAAAUGUCUACAUGUGAGGUGAUAGGCAUUGCAUUUAGUGGACACAGGGAACUUAAUUUCACUUUACAUGUAACUACAGAACAUUUUAUCAAGAGAAGCUUCUUUGUACUUGUGUAGGUAUUUACUCAAAGGGGUUUUCUUUCUUUCAGCGUAUGAUCUCGCCGUGCAUUUCAUGCGUAAGCUCGAUGCCUCUAUAACUGAGUGUUAGUCUCAGCUUGAAUCAAACAAGAAGCUAAAGUUCGGUAGCUAAAUAGUUUAGUCAUAGCCUGGCGAUGUGUGGAAGCUUCAUAUGUGGCAUUAUUUUAUGAGGUUAGCCACCUCUUUCCGAGAAAUUCUGAGACAAUGUGAAAGCUGGUUAACGCCGACAAAUAACUGCAAGCAGACGAUAUAAUAAUAAUAAUAAUAAUAAUAAUAAUAAUAAUAGCACAUUUGUAUAGCGCCUUUUUCCAUCGUCAGCGAGACUCAAAGCACUUACAUGCAAGCACAUCAUAAUUUAUACAUAUAAUUAUAUAGCAUAACAUUAAUUAAUAAUCAUAUGCCACUGACAGCAGAGUCGGAUAUAAAACUUGCCGCUAUUUCAGAAUUUUUAUAAACAGAUCUCAAAGUUAAAACUUGUUGACAAUACGCCCCGUCCCCGCUAACCCAUAAAAGAGACCGGAUGUAAAAAAGGGCGAUAAAACUACGCCAUAAAGGGACGUCAUCCACUGGCAGUGCUCCAGCGAUUAUCGUUCUGAUUGAUCUGAUGGUCCCCGGUGUGUCAUGAGUCAUUUUUUCACUCCAUUGACCUUUUUUUGAAUACCGUGUUCCGUGGGUCGCAUCAAUAGCAGUUAUUCCAGGUGUGUGUGUAUGUGUCUGUGUAUGUGUGUGUGUCUGUGCGAUUCUCUUUUUCGGAGACAUGGAUCACUGAUCUUCCACUCCAUCUCACAAGCUCUCUAUAAAUUGUCGAGAGUGGAAAGUCGUGUAAAAUGUGUAGAAAGGAAGUGUAAAUGUGUGUAAAGGUAGGUAAAGUGUUUGACAACGUACACGUCAUGUUUGAUAUCUGCUGUGGAAGUUCACUAGAACCAGCCGACUGUGGAUCAAAUUGUAGCCGUUAUAAACAUAUUAUUUUCAAGAGAUAUUAUGUGGGAAGCAAUUUAUGUUAUGAGACAGCCAUUGCGCAUGCUUCAACAAAAACGGAUGUGCCUCUUAACCAAGCAUUGACACAGGAUUGGUGGGACCACGAGAUCAGAGUCUCCAAUUUAUAGAAAUUAAAAGCCAUGCCAGUGGUAGGGAAUAUUUUAACUCUUUAAAAAAUCUCGUUUUAUUUAAUUUGCCUCAUAAGUGAACUCUUCCGGUUUUUUUGUUUGGUUGGUUGCUUUUUGGGGCUUUUCGAUCUCCUUCGAAGAUAGUCCGCAGAAUAACCGCAUAAUAACAUCCAUUGCGUUUUUGUCGAUCACGGUUCAAUCACAGUUCGUGUUUUUGAGUAAGAUGUUUUAAGCUUCAGUGUUCCUUUUCCACCGUCUAAUUUACUUGUAAGGAUGGCUUCCAUUCGUCUAAUGUGCUUGUAACAAUGGAGUACAGAGGUGUAAUGUGUUUGUAACAAUGAAUUACAGACGUCUAAUGUGAUUUUCUGGCGUGUAAUAUGCUUGUAUCGAUGGCUUUUCAUUGGCCAGCGACAUUCCAAAAUGACAUGUUCUAGAAUGUUUGUACAGAUAACUAAAGUUUAUUCCUUUAAACCAAGUGCUUCCUCCUUUUCCCUUUUAUUUUUCCAUAUUUCUUUAUAUUUUCUUCUCCCCUUGUUCCUUUUUUCUGUAUUCUUUUUUCACUCAUUUUAUUCUUUCUUAUUUGUUUAUUGUUUUCCUGCUUUAUUUUCCUUUUUUCCGUCCAUUCUUUCUUUCUCUAUAUUCAAAAUCUUUCUUUCCUUCAUCUCGGAGCUAGUGAACGUACAACGUUAUUUUUAACGGAAGACGCUUUUGGCGGUGAUGUUUGUUGAUUUUGCCAUUGUUUACUGUUCAACGCUAUGUCGUUCUGCUGAUGUGGCGACUUUUUGCCUAAAAUAAAGAUUAUUUGACUGCU